AGCACCCCCCGCGGCUCGCAGGGCUCUGCCGGGGCGGGGGCGCUGCUGGGUCCCUGCGCCCGCCCCGCACAAAGCGCCUCCCGGUGGGGGGGGACACGCUUCAUGUUUGUGUGCGCCCGAGCACCGCGGCGGCCAUGGCGGCGGCGGGGGGCACCGGGCCCGGCCGAGCCCGGCGCGGCGCCCGCGCGGCGCCCACCAACAUCCUGCAGCAGCUGCGGCACGGGCAGCUCAGCGGCUGCGGCCUGACGCGGGGGACGCAGAUCACAGAGGCCUUGUUAAAGGAAAGAGAUAAACAAGCAAAAUGGAGUGGGAUUCCCUUGCUGCUGCAGAAGCUGUAUGAACAUAGCCACCCAAACAGCGAUUUCUCCCAGUGCCAAAGCAUCUUAAAGGAAAUUUCCCCACUUCUUUCAAUGGAAGCAGUGGCAUCUGUUACAGAAGAUAAAAAAGCUGCUCAAGAGUCCACUUUCCCAAAUACAUACACGUUUGACUUAUUUGGAGGAGUCGAUCUUUUAGUAGAAAUUCUUAUGAGACCAACUCUUAUCACACAGAAAAAGAAACAGAAAAUAAGCGAUGACCUCAUCAAGGACUGUUUAAGCAUACUGUACAACACGUGUAUAUGUACGGAAGGAGUCACAAGGCGAUUGGCGGAAAGAAACGACUUUGUGUUGUUCCUGUUUACACUGAUGACAAACAAAAAGACAUUCCUACAAACUGCAACGCUCAUUGAAGAUAUCCUGGGAGUUAAAAAGGAAAUGAUCCAACUGGAUGAUAUUCCCAAUCUCGCGAGCCUGGUGUCCAGUUUUGAUCAGCAGCAGCUUGCGAACUUCUGCAGGAUCCUUGCUGUCACCAUUUCAGAACUUGACCCAGGGAGUGAUGACAAGCACACGCUGCUUGCCAAAAACGCCCAGCAGAAAAAAAACUUGGGUCCUUCUCGAGCUGAAAUUAAUCAAGCUACACUUCUGAAUAUUCCAGGCUUCAUUGAGCGAUUGUGCAAACUGGCAACAAGGAAGGUGUCUGAAACAACAGGUACUUCUAGCUUCCUCCAGGAGUUGGAAGAAUGGUACACCUGGCUGGGGCUGGACAAUGCACUAGUGCUUGAUACACUGAUGAGAGUGGCAAAUGAAGAGGCAGAGCAGAGCAGUACAGAGUCUUCAGAUGAGAGUGGCUUGGCCAACACCUCGACACGAGCACAGCUUCCGCAGCCCAUGAAGAUCAUGCAUGAGAUCAUGUAUAAGCUGGAGGUGUUGUAUGUUCUCUGCGUGCUGCUCAUGGGGAGACAGAGGAAUCAGGUUCAUAAAAUGAUAGCAGAGUUCAAACUGAUUCCUGGCCUCAAUAACUUGUUUGACAAACUGAUCUGGAGAAAGCAUUCAGCAUCAGCCCUGGUUCUGCAUGGACACAACCAGAAUUGUGAUUGUAGCCCAGACAUUACUUUAAAGAUCCAGUUCUUGAGGCUUCUUCAGAGCUUUAGUGAUCACCAUGAGAACAAGUAUCUGCUUUUAAACAGUCAGGAACUCAACGAGCUGAGUGCAAUCUCCCAUAAAGCCAACAUCCCUGAAGUUGAUGCAGUUGUCAACACAGACAGGAGUCUUGUCUGCGAUGGGAAAAGGGGUUUGUUGACCAGACUGCUUCAGGUCAUGAAGAAGGAACCAGCUGAAUCUUCCUUCAGGUUCUGGCAAGCGAGGGCAGUUGAAAGUUUUCUGCGGGGCACCACCUCCUAUGCAGACCAGAUGUUCCUGCUGAAGAGAGGACUCCUGGAGCAUAUUCUCUACUGCAUUGUUGAUAGUGAGUGCAAAUCACGAGAUGUGCUUCAGAGUUACUUUGACCUUCUGGGAGAACUGAUGAAAUUCAAUAUUGAUGCAUUCAAGAGGUUCAACAAGUACAUCAACACAGAUGAGAAGUUCCAGAUAUUUUUAAAUCAGAUCAACAGUUCAUUGGUUGACUCAAACAUGCUUGUUCGCUGCAUUACCCUGUCCCUGGACCGAUUUGAGAAUCAGUCUGAUGCUAAAGUUGCAGAAGUCCUGUCAGAGUGCCGCCUGUUGUCAUAUAUGUCCCAGAUGUCCAUGAGAAUGUCCUUUCUUUUCCGUCUCAUUAAUAUUAUUCAUGUACAGACACUUACACAGGAAAAUGUCAGUUGUUUGAACACAAGUUUAGUUAUCCUAAUGCUGGCCCGAAGGAAAGAAAAGCUGCCUUUUUAUCUGCACACUUUGCAACAGAUGGAAUACACAGAAAAAUACCCAGGCUUCAUCCUGAACAACUUCCACAGUCUCCUGCGAUUCUGGCAGCAGCAUUACCUCAACAAGGAUAAAGACAGCACCUGCUUAGAAAAUAGCUCCUGUAUUAGUUUUACCUACUGGAAAGAGACUGUAUCUAUACUGCUCAGUCCAGACCGGACAUCCCCCUGUGCCAUAGUUAGCUACAUCGACGAGGCGUAUAUGGACAUUGACAGAGACUUUGCUGAGGAGUAACUCUUCACUCUGGCUUCUGAUGGACAGCACUUGGAGGGUCCCUCACAGCCCAUGGAUUUUCAGGGAUAUGCUGUGGAGUGUGUGUGUGUGCACCGCUUGGAACCGUGGAGCAUUGUCCCAACCCCAGCCCCUCCCCAUCCCCGUCUCUGAUCUCUAACAGAUGAGACACUGAGAGCUCUCUGGGCAACACAUUCAGGGAUGUAUCUUCCAGCUGUUCCGGGAUAAAAACCAUUACCUGCAAAAACCAGCCUCUUUCUUUUCUCUCUUCCCAGCCCAGCGUGGCUGGUCAGAGAUUGUUCUUUGCGGACCCAUGAGGGUGCUCUGUAUGUGCCAGUUGAGUUGUGGCUCUUCCAGAAUGACCAAGUCCAAAAAGCACAGAAUUGCCCUGCAGAUGUGAGGUCCAAGGAGUCAGUGUGACCGGGACCCACACACCAGCCACCCGCGGAGCCACCACGAGGGCUCCCUUGGGUGCAACUCUUCUGUUGGGGUUUGGAAUCAGGGGUUCAGGGUUGGUUAGAGUGUGAAAGUGUGUGUGCGUGCGUGCGUGUGUGCUUUUAAUUCCUGAGAGCCCCAGCUCCAGUCACCUCUUUACCAUCUACUUUUGGAUCAUUUGGUACUAAAUCUGUGCGUUAGGAGAGAACCUCUGCUCCUGCUGUCUUCCCCUUCCUGCCUGAAGGUGUGUUACAACGCUGUGCAGAACAGAGACAGCUCAGCAAUGGGGCAGUUGCAACAGGGGUUAGCUCUUUCAGAGAGCAUUAAAAUGUACUAAUUUUGGUAAACUUGCAGCUUGUCCCUUCUUGGGGAACUAAUCUGGUUUUAAAAUCCUUUCCAGGACCACUGCUCUUGAUGCUGACCUGCUAUGCCUGAAGUCUUAUGUCAGUCUGCUUUCAGUCCUUAAGCUCAACCCACACACUAAUCUUGAAGUGCAAUAUUUGCUGGAGAUGUCAGUUGUUUUCCUUGGAUCUGUUUUAAUCAGAAGGUGUUAAAUGCUGGGAAUAAACGCUCCUGGUUGAAAGGAACUUUGUGGGAUACGUUGGGAAAGGGGGAAUUGGUAUUUGGCAGUCCUUAUGGCCAAACCUGCACCUGCCCUGCCUGCUCACCAACAGUAAUAGUGUUGCUCCAAGGCAGUCACAUUCCCAGGAAUGAAAUAACAGCCUGAAGUCCUGAGCUACCACAUUUGAGUCAAAAACUGUGUCUUGCAGCUCCAGCUAAAGGAAACCUGUGUUCUUUAAGACACUUCUUAAGUUUUCUUAAGUUAUUUGAUGAGAUGACUUGGCUUCAGCUCUGUCCCGGCUCCAGCGAGGGACGGGGGAAAGGAUGUCCCAGGAUUGAAGCAUUUUGUCUCUCAUCAGUGCCAGCAGAAUGAAACCCACUCAGAGGGUCCCCAUGCUGGGGCCUGGGUUCCAGCUCCCCCCCUGCAGGACUUGCUCUCAAUGUCCCCCUUCUCCUCUCGCUUACCUCGCAGUCGCUGUCCUGCUCUGGACUUGCAGUUGGUACUUUGCUUACAGGGGGGUCAGAGCUCCUGAGCUUGUGCAUUAACCUGGAUUCAUGCAGGAGCUCCCGGGAUCCUUGUAUCCCACCUGAGGGGCUGAAGCCCUUGGGCAGACCCUGCCCUAGUUGCACCCCUUGGUCAGGGAGUUCCUCACUACAGAGCUGCAGCAUCAGGUCCCCCCCUCCCUGCCCGUUCCCUCCCCUGAGCUCAUUUCUUUCUCCUCUGUACUUUUUUUGUUCUUGGGUACUUGUGGUUUUGGUGUAUCUUUGCUUCUUAACUGUAAUAGAUGUACACUUAAAAUAAAUGCUUCAAAUUAAAAAGGCUUUUAACUGAA